GGACAGUACUGCGCGCGGGAAACUGCUUAGUGAUGUUGCAACUUUGUCAUAUGGUCACGGUAGCAGUAACCAAACCGAUCGGGAUGGAGCAUCGAUUGAGCAAUGAGGAAAAGUUCCGGGACUUCGAUGACGCUACGUUACAAUAUUUGAUGAGCUUCGGGUAUCUGGAAAAAUCCAACAUCGAAACCGGGAACCUUCGCACGAUCGACGAGUUGGAAUCGGCGGUACGCAACCUGCAGCUGUUCGGAGGUCUCAAGCCCACGGGCACGAUCGACAAGGAAACGUACGAGCUGAUGAAGAAGCCGCGGUGUGGCGCACCGGAUCUGUCCGGCUCGCGGGACUUCCUGCCAUCGGACGACGCCCGGUUGGCGCGCAUGGUGGACACCGUGCUUCAUCGAUCCCGCCGAUACAUCAUCCAGGGCCAGAAGUGGCAGAACGGCAUCGUUACAUGGAGGUAA